CAGAGCUUGACACGGCUGGACAUUGUGAUUUUUUUUUUGAGCAUGUAUGAGUAUUUUGUUGACUAUGUCUACGCUUUUUAUUACCCUGUCCUGGCAGCUAUUGGUGUUCCGGUGAACUUAGUAACGAUCUGGAUUCUAUCCCAGGGAAGGUGUGGUCUUUCUAAAUGCAUCACUUUGUACUUAAUGGCCAUGGCAGUGGCUGAUCUGUUGGUGGCAAUUACAGAAGUGAUACUGAAUCGCUCUGUUUCCUUUUACUUCCCAAAAAAUUCCCUAAAAACAACACCAGGGUGCAGCACUCUCAUUGUCCUGAUCUGUGCAGUGAGGGACACUUCUGUCUGGUUAACAGUCGCUUUCACACUUGAUCGAUUCAUAGCGAUUUGUUGCCAAAAACUGAAAUUAAGAUAUUGCGUCCCGAGGACAGCAGCUGUGGCAAUGACAGUGGUAACUCCUGUGUUUUUUCUGAAGAACAUUCCCUGGUUUUUCAGCUUCGAACCGGUCUACAUUAUUGACAACAUACCAUGGCAGUGCCAGUCAAAACCCAUAUUUUACACGUCGCAUGUCUGGGUUGCUUAUGAUUGGCUCCAUCGGAUCCUAAACCCAUUCUUGCCGUUUUUCUUUAUUUUGCUUUUUAAUGCUCUGACAGUCAGACACAUUUUAUUGGCUAAUAAAGUGCGAAAAGGAUUGUUAUCCAAACAAGGAGGAGAACAGGUGGAUGUGGAAAUGGAAAAUCGGAGGAAGUCCAUGAUUUUACUCUUUGCCAUAUCGGGUAGCUUUAUUGCCCUGUGGAUGCCCUAUGUCAUUAAUUUCCUUCAUUACCGAAUUGCAAAGACCUAUUAUUACACAGACGCAAAUGCUCCUGGCUAUAUUCUCCAGCAGAUGGGUUAUCUGUUCCAACUUUCCAGCUGCUGUACAAACACCUGCAUUUAUGUUGUAACUCAGGCGAAAUUCAGGGAGGAAUUGAAGAAGAUGUUCAGAACUCCAUGUCAGCUCUUUGUUAAAUAACCUGAAUAAAAUACAGGAGUCAGUCGAGAACUAACUCAUUUGGUAAACGGCGCACAUUCUGUCUGUGGCACAGAGUCUGAACGCAAAUAUCAUUUUGUAACUAUAUAGUUUGAUUCUUGGCCAUACACAUUGGAACUGUGAGGUCUAUCAUCACAGAGACAUCGGGGUCUACAGCACCGAAAAAGACCCUUCAGCCCAUCAAGCCUGUGUUGGUCAAAAACAAGCACCAAAUCAUUCUAAUCCAUCAUGUGACAUCUUUACCAAUCUUGGUUACAAUCUGCAGUAAUAUCAAAUGUAACUUAAUUGCAGCCCAAGCACAUUCCUUUAUUGACACAAAAAUCUUCCUCUGGUAACAGAAUUUAGAACUGUUUUAAUACAGCUCAUGGAAUCCAUAUUCUAGGAGGGAAGUAAUAGCAGUGGAGAGGAAGUUGAGGAAAUUUACUGGGAUGUUCCCUGGGCUGGAGAGUUUCAGUUAUUAGGAAAGAUUGGAUGAACUGGGAUUGUUUUCCUUAAACCAGAGGAAAUUGAGUAGGAACAUGAUUGAGGUGUAUAAAAUUAGGAGGGUCAAGGGUAGAGAUGACCGGAAGGAACUUUCUCCUCCCAGGUGAAAGAAUUAAUGAUCAGGGGCAUAGAUUUAAGGUAAGUGGCAGGUGAUUUAGAAGGGAUGUGAGCAAAGAUUUUUUUCACCCAAGAUGAGGUGCGAAUCAUUGUCUGGAAGGGCGUUAGAGACUGAAGUCCUCAUAAUGUUGACGACAUUUCUGGAUGUGCACUUGUAUUGCCAAAGCAUACAGGUCUAUGGACCACAUUGUGGAAAAUGGGAUUAAAACAAUUAAAUGAUAGUUUAUGACCGAUGUGGACAUUAGAACAUUACAGCACAGUACAGGCCCUUCGGCCUUCGAUGUUAAUUGAUAUGGAAUUGAUGGGCUGAAAUGCCUUUUAUUGCACUGUGGGCACAAUAGAAAGUGCAUUGUUUCUUGAUCCGCUCUCCACAAGAACAACUCAUUAACUCUGUCUCCCCCAGCAUUUUCUCAAUAGACCUGCAUUUCUAAAGAUCCAUUGCAUUUCAAUUCAGACCAUCCCUUGCUGUAGGCAGGACUGUCCACAUCUCAUGCGACUGCUGCAUUGAAACAAUUUUCCCUUGCAUGGAAUUGAGCUUUCUACCAUUCUCUUGAAAUCAGGCAUGACUGGUUUUCCAACCCUCCAUUCCAGGGGACAAUGUUUUCCUCAACACUUCCACCCUGCUCCUGAUCCCACUUGAAUUAGAACAUAGAACAUAGAACAUAGAACAUAGAACAGUACAGCACAGAACAGGCCCUUCAGCCCACGAUGCUGUGCCGACCAUUGAUCCUCAUGUAUGCACGCUCAAAUUUCUGUGACCAUAUGCAUGUCCAGCAGUCUCUUAAAUGACCCCAAUGACCUUGCUUCCACAACUGCUGCUGGCAAUGCAUUCCAUGCUCUCACAACUCUCUGUGUAAAGAACCCGCCUCUGACAUCCCCUCUAUACUUUCCUCCAACCAGCUUAAAACUAUGACCCCUCGUGUUUGCCAUUUCUGCCUGGGAAAUAGUCUCUGGCUAUCAACUCUAUCCAUGCCUCUCAUCAUUCUGAAUGCUUUGAUCAAAUCUCCUUUUAGUGUUCCCAGGAAAACAGCUCCAUCUCCUCAAAUAUAUCCAGGAAUGAAUUCUUCUAAAACCUCACAGCACACUCUCCGAUGAUUUUGCAUCCUUUCUGUAAUGUGUUGCCCAGAUUGAGACACUAUACUACAGUUGAGGUCCUUAAUGUACAAGUUCAUCACAAAGACUUUGUUUUCCAUUCUCUAUUCACUUAUGCUGAAAGCACAUGACACCACAAACUCUAUUCACUGCUUUCUCAACAUGUCACGUCACCUUUUAUGGUUUGUGUUCAGAUCCCUGGCAUUCUCUGACACUGCACUCAACUUGGAAUUACAUGCUUUUGUUUAAUCUUGCCUCCCCUUGU